UCUUCCAUGUUGGUACUUUUUUAAAAACAAUUUGUAGAAAUUAGACUUGUUUGGUAUACACCAUGGCUUCGUCUGAUGUUGCUCGGCAGGGGGAAGGAAAUGCCCAUCCGUUAUCCCUGUCUGGUCAUGUAGGCUUUGACAGCUUACCAGACCAGCUGGUAAAUAAAUCCACCAGUCAAGGCUUCUGCUUCAACAUCCUGUGCAUAGGUGAAACGGGUAUUGGUAAGUCCACUUUAAUGGACACACUGUUCAACACCAACUUCGAGAACUUUGAGUCGUCACACUUCGAGCCACGUGUAAAACUCCGUGCCCAGACGUACGACCUACAGGAGAGCAAUGUGCGCCUCAAACUCACCAUAGUCAACACUGUGGGCUUUGGAGACCAGAUGAACAAACAAGAUAGCUACCAACAUGUGGUGGAUUACAUUGACACCCAGUUUGAGUCCUACCUGCAGGAAGAGCUGAAGAUCAAGCGCUCUCUGCAUAACUACCACGACUCACGCAUUCACGCCUGCCUGUAUUUCAUUGCUCCCUCUGGUCACUCGCUGAAAUCCCUAGACCUCGUCACCAUGAAGAAACUAGACAGCAAGGUAAAUAUAAUUCCGGUCAUCGCCAAAGCGGACACCAUCUCUAAAAGUGAGCUGCACAAGUUUAAGAUUAAAAUCAUGAGUGAGCUUGUCAGUAAUGGGGUGCAGAUCUAUCAGUUCCCCACCGAUGAUGAGACUGUCUCCAAGAUUAACAGCGCCAUGAAUGGUCAUCUCCCAUUUGCAGUGGUGGGGAGCACAGAGGAGGUGAAGAUUGGAAAUAAGAUGGUAAAAGCACGCCAGUACCCCUGGGGUGUGGUACAAGUGGAAAACGAAAACCACUGUGACUUUGUGAAGCUGCGCGAGAUGCUGAUUUGUGUGAACAUGGAAGAUCUAAGAGAGCAGACACACACUCGCCAUUAUGAGCUCUACAGACGCUGUAAACUGGAGGAGAUGGGCUUUAAGGACACAGAUGCUGAUAGCAAGCCUGUCAGCCUGCAGGAGACGUACGAGGCGAAGCGUCAGGAGUUUUUGCUGGAGUUGCAGAGGAGAGAGGAAGAGAUGAGGCAAAUGUUUGUGCAGCGUGUCAAAGAGAAAGAGACAGAACUAAAGGAGGCUGAGAGAGAGCUGCAGGGCAAGUUUGAGCAGCUGAAACGUUUGCAUGCAGAGGAGAAGAGCAAGUUAGAUGAUAAGAGGAAGACUCUGGAGGAUGAGAUGAAUUCUUUCGGUAAGAAGAAGGCAGCGGCUGAGCUCCUGCAGGGCCAGUCGUUCACCUCCAACUCAAACAUCAAGAAGGACAAGGACCGUAAGAACUCUGGGUUCAUGUAGGACGAUGGAGACUAGAUCCAUUGCAGCUGCAAUGGCCAAUAAACUGAAACUGACCAGAUGUUUUCACCAUCCUGCAAAGAACUAUUAUGCAGCUUUUGUAUCACUUUUUUUCUAUUGUUUUUAUUAUUUGAUUAAAUCAGCAGGACUGCUGUGUUGUAUCAGUUGUAUAACAGUAUAUAUUUUAUAUUUCCUUCACUAAAUGUUUUACCUGUGUUUGAGUUGCCACAAGGGGGGUUAAACAUGUUUAGGUUGUAAUACAUAUUUGUAUUUUGGAUCUAAGUGCCUUAGGAAUGAAUUAUUAGUGCCUUAUUAGUGUUCCUACAUUACGUAAACUGGUUCUGUAAGACUCAAGUGGAUUCCUUGGACACCACAUUGCUGUUGUUGUGAUGGAGUAUUCUCUGAAUAUUAUUAGCUGGGGAUUUAAGACACAGACCUGCAGAAUUUAGAUUUUUUGCCAUCAAAUGUAAUGCUGACAAAGCUGUUCAUGCUAAUGUUGAGGAGCUGACUUUCUGUACAUCGUCGGGUACAUCAGUGUGUUUUUACGGAGGAGCACAAUUACUAUGCAAUAGACUCUUGGUUCCAAUAAAUUUGGAAUGUUUUUUACCAUUACAAGCCAAGCUUUUUUUCCUUCACUAAAAUUUUUCAAAAAUGUAAUUUGUAUUUGAAGUGUAUUUAUCUACGUCGUGUAUGGGGAAAAGUACAAUAAAGCAUGAAUAAAGUUUGAAUAGAAA